UGCUCAAACAUUAAAUAACACAUUGACAAGCCAUCUACUUUUUCAUCUGUUGCCUCACUCUGAGCCCUCACAGGAGAGUCUGUGAAGAGCACAUUCUUUCUGCUUUUACAGGAGUUAUGUUUUUAGAUUUCACUUUCUAAUAUCCAGCCGUAUUGGCCCCUGUAGGACACUGAAGAGGCCUUCCCACUAAUGGAUGCAAAACUUUCCAGCUGAGAGAAGCAGAGUUUCUCAUAGAGCACAGACCUUGACACCCCUCAGCUGCAGAGAUGAAUAAUCAAACAGUAACCUACUCAGAAGUGAAUCUGGCCAAGAACCCAAAAAGGCAGCAAAUCAAACCCAAGGACGCUGAUAGCUCCAUUUCAGUCACUGAGCAGGAAAUAACUUAUGUGGAAUUAAACCUUCAUGGUGCUUCCCAGGAUCUUCAGAAGAAUGACAAGAAUUUCCGUUGCAAAGGGAAGCUCAUUGCUGGGAUCCUGGGAACAAUCUGCAUUAUCUUGAUGGCCAGUAUAGUAAUCACGAAAAGUGAAGUUAUAACUCCUUCUGUUGGAAUACAGAAAGGGAACACAACCCAGAAAGCAUCUCAUUGUGGCCGUUGUCCAGAGGACUGGCUAUCCUAUUCCAAUAAUUGCUAUUAUAUUAGCAGUGAUAAAAAAAACUGGACUGAGAGUCAGAUGACCUGUGCUUCUAAGAAAUCUAAUCUGACUUACAUAGAUAAUGAAGAAGAAAUGAAGUUUAUGAAUUUUCUACCUUCUUCUUCAUGGAUUGGACUCUCUCGUGAAAGCCGUAAUUAUCCCUGGUUUUGGAUAAAUGGCUCACCUUCCAACCAAAACAUAACAGAGGCAUCUGGUCCUGCUUACAACUGUGGUAUGCUAUUCUCAUUUGGCCUUCAAUCAGCCAGUUGUGGAGCUGCAAAAGUAUACAUUUGUAAGCUUGAGAUUUCGAGUUUAAACACCUGAGCCUGGAGUCCUUCAGGUAUCUUUACAUUUCAUGCAAUGGAAAUAAUCGCAAUUGCAAAAGUCUUAUAUUCAAGUACAUCAACUGCAAACUGCACAUUUGGACCCCCCGGACUUUACCCUAUGUCCUUCUUCCAUUGGCUGAUUUUCACAAGUACCCUUUUCUGUAAUAAAAUAUAUCUGUGAGUAUAACAACUUUCUUGU